CCGCGCUCCCGCUCGGGCCGUUGCGGCGGUCGCGACACGUGGCCCCGCCGGCGGCAUGGCCGCGGCGGCCGAGGCUGCGGGCGGCGGCAGCAGCCGCCACGAGAAGAGCCUGGGGCUGCUGACCACCAAGUUCGUGUCGCUGCUGCAGGAGGCCAAGGACGGCGUGCUGGACCUCAAAGCGGCUGCUGAUACGCUUGCUGUGAGGCAGAAGAGAAGGAUCUAUGAUAUCACCAACGUUCUGGAGGGGAUUGAUCUCAUUGAGAAGAAGUCAAAAAACAGCAUUCAAUGGAAAGGAGUAGGUGCUGGCUGCAAUACAAAAGAAGUCAUAGACAGGCUGAGGUAUCUGGAAGCUGAAAUUGAAGAUUUAGAACUAAAAGAAAAAGAAUUGGAUCAGCAGAAAUUGUGGCUUCAGCAAAGUAUCAAGAACGUCAUGGAUGAUUCUACAAACCACCAAUUUUCAUAUGUCACCCAUGAAGAUAUCUGCAACUGUUUCAAUGGAGAUACACUUCUAGCAAUUCAAGCACCUUGUGGUACACAAUUAGAAGUACCUAGACCUGAAAUGGGACAGAAUGGACAGAAGAAAUACCAGAUCAAUCUUAAAAGUAGUUCAGGACCUAUCCAUGUGCUGCUUAUAAACAAAGAAUCAAGCUCCUCCAAGCCCACAGUGUUUCCAGUUCCUCCACCUGAUGACCUUGCACAGCCCCCAUCUCAGCCUGCAGUUCCAGCGACUCCACUUAAACCAGCUGCCGCUCCUCCAAAUCCUCCAGAACAUGACCCGAACCAAGGACAGGAGUUACCGCAAACAGCAACUGCAGAUACACCAUCAGAUGGCAGUGCCCAGCAGGACAGCGCAGCCCCCGCAGCCCCUUACUCCAGCCUUCCGGAGCCAGAGCUCUAUCCCAGCCUAUCUGGAGACAGUGCCCAAGCCUCAGCCAGCUCCAGUGACUACCAGAGCUUGCUGCCUCUGGAUGUCAACUGCAUUCUCAAGCCAAACUCAUUUGACAUUGCAAAGAUGGAGGAGCCUGCAGGAAAUAUCAGUGGAGAUAUUAUUGAUGAACUCAUGUCUUCUGAUGGGCCUGCCCACUGGAAGGAGGUUUUUCCUGUCGCUAAUGGAGACCGUCAGUCACCCAUCGACAUCAAAACUGAGGAAACCAAGUAUGACCCUUCCCUCCGUCCUCUAAAUCCCAGUUAUGAUCCAGCUUCUGCUAAAAUCAUCCUUAACAACGGGCACUCCACCAGUGUGGAGUUUGAUGACACUGUCAACAAAUCAGCAUUGGAACUGGGCUGUCAAGUCUAUAACCGUUUGUUGCUGACUGGGGGGCCACUCAGUGGGACCUACAGGCUGCGCCAGAUUCACUUCCACUGGGGAUCAAAUGAUGAAGCUGGCUCUGAGCACACUGUGGAUGGGAUGAAGUAUGCGGCAGAGCUUCAUGUGGUCCAUUGGAAUGCAGAGAAGUAUUCCAGUUUUGUUGAGGCAGCUUGUCAGUCAGAUGGACUAGCAGUCAUGGCUGUAUUUCUGAAGAUUGGUGAAUGCAACCCUCAACUGAACAAGAUUACUGACCGCUUGGACACCAUCAGAAUCAAGGGAAAAAAAGCACUAUUCACAAACUUUGACCCCAGCUGUCUGCUUCCCAAGUCCCUGGACUACUGGACUUAUUUUGGCUCUCUCACUGUUCCACCUCUUCUUGAGAGUGUCAUCUGGAUUGUUCUGAGAGAGCCCAUAAGUGUUUGUUCUGAACAGUCCCCUCAAUCUGGCUUUAUAAGGCUCACUGCAAUGUGUUUGGAUCUAGGAUUGAAAACUUGUCUUAAGCUGGCCAAAUUCCGCAGCCUCCUGAGCACUGCUGAGGAUGAGGUUGCCUGCUGCUUGCUGAGAAAUUUCCGGCCUCCCCAGCCUCUAAAGGGACGAGAAGUCAGAAGGAAUUAAAGGAGUAAAUCCAGAGUAGGCUCACUCUGAGACCAAAGGCUGAAUUCAUUUUCAUAUACUUCAUGAUUUUUUUUUUUUAGUUGUUUUAACUAAUAGGUGUUGUUUUAUUAGUGGUUUCCAUGCAGUCAUUUCUCACAGGCAAGUAUGUCCAGAGUUAUCACAGAUUCAUUGAUAUUAACAGGUCUGACUGAGUUUGAGUGCAUUGGCUUGGAAGCACCAGGCCAUCAGCAUUGCAUGCACACAGGUCACUGCUAAUCAUAAGGGUCAAAUGUGAUGGAGGACUUGCCCAGAUUUUGCCACCAAAUUACUGAACAGGAUCCUUGGUAGUAUUGACAGUAUAGGAUGUUCUGGGAUAAUUCUUCUGAUCUCUGACAUAACACUUAGCUUCUGUAAAAACCUCACAUUACUGUUCUCAAAGAAAAUAUAUUUCAAGGAUGAUGUAAUUUCAUUGCUGACUUAUGCAAUACCGUGCUUACUUUCCUACAAAAAACAGUAAUGAUAAGCAGUAUUUAAGUAAAACAGAUAUUUAUAUGAUCCUGUUAUUCUGGCUGCUUCAUAGAAGUAAUGAUGUACUGAUUGAUGGGUUUUUUAAAAGCAAAUAAUAAGGAUUUUGUAUAUUGCAAGAUCAUGUCAGGUAGAUUAAGUAUUCCUGAAUUUCCCAAUGUCACAAGAUGAAAUUGUCCUGAAACCUGGAAACUGCAAGCUGGAAAGGCAUAGAGGGAGCUGUUUGCGCCUAAAUCCAGUUUGUUGCAUUUGGUGAAAAAUAAGGGAUUAUUGCACUAUAUCCAUGCAAGCAUCAGACUUUUGCCACUUCAAAUCAAGAGGCAGGGAUAACUGUUGUUCCAGACCAUUGCACACUGCAGUGUGAACCACAUGCUGCUUACCUCUCAUCUCGCUGUGGAGCACAGUGCUACCCAGGUAUAGAAUGUGUCAAGGUGCUGGCUGAUGAUCUGCUUCAUAGUUGAACUUCAGUGGUUGCACUUAUAUUCCAAGACCAAAGAGAAUAGUCAGAGGGGGCCAAAGACAUCGGAAUCAAGUCAACAUCAAAUAAAAAGCUCAGCCAAUAGCAAUAUGUUGAAACGUCUGUCUUUAUGAGUUGACUUGAGCCAGUGUUUCUCUCAGGAGCUUUUUUUAUCUGAAUAUAAUUGGGGUUUUUUACACCAAAUAUUUUUAUUAAUGAGCAUGCCAUAGGAUGUAGCUUAGGAUAGAAUUAUAUUUACUCUCAAGCUGUGAGAACUACAUAGUGAAAUCCAGUGAGUGAUACCUGAAAAAGGCAGCUAGAGAUUUUACUGGCAGCAACUAACACCAGUUUCUGUAGUACUUCUGACAAAUCCAUCUUCCAUAACUGCUCUCCUUGAAUUAAUUUUUAAAUAGGUUUUAUAUGCUUUGCCUUUUACCUCAGUGGGUCAUUUAAUCUUAGAUGAACAAACAUGAGGGAAAUCACAAUCAGGAUUGACAUUAUAUGCUGUUUUAGAACAAUAAAUUAGACAUAGACAUAGAGAUAUUUUAUCUUAGUUUAAGAUAUGUGGAAAUUUUUGUUUUCUCCUCCCUGGAAUAUAGCUAUUCUAUCCUGCAAGGCCUCCCAAUGCCUUUUGAAUAUUUUCUGAACAAAAGAACACAAACAGAGCAUUGGGGAAAUAAAAGGCAUUAAGCAGAACUAAAAAGAAAAGCAGGAAUGUGUUGUAUGUUUUCACUCCCUUUUUUAGACUUAGGAUUGGAUCUCACAUGUUUCCCUGUUAUGUGAGUAGCUACAGAAUGUGGAAAAAUGUUUACAAAUUGCAGGAAGGAUACAAAGGAUUUGUUAGUCUCAGAAGAGAAAGGAAUAAGGCUACUGCUUCAUAUUGUAAACAGAAGUUUUACGUAUUUCUUACCUAUUGUAAACAGUGGAAUUGAUUCAAUUCUUUUAUAUUUAUAAGGAUUUUACAAAAUAAAAUAUGGAUUUUAUGAA